CAUAUCCAUCCACUUAGUACCUUGGUAUGUCGAUGUCAGCGAAGGAAAGCUCCUGCAGACACUAACUACCCAUUUAGCUAGGCCUUUUUGGGUGGUGAUCAAAACCCUACAUUAAAGCACCUUGCCUACGAGUGUGCUGCUGUUUUCGGCAUUAGCCAAGCCGGAUCUGUCCAAGGCCUUCGUAGCUUAACGGUCUUCGGCCAUUGCGGAUAAAGCAGUAGCCUGGCAUAGUCUGGAUAGGAUUUCACUAUUUAGUUCUUUCUUCAUGAUGCCUGUUGGCAUUAACAGUCGGGACUAGACCGCCCGUGUUUACUUUCACGCGUCUGGGCCACUGCUGAGUUCUACUGGAGAGCAACCUAUGUUAGUACACGAUUGCCAACUGUUGGUCUUGCAAAUUGGAAAAGCGACUUGAGGACUCCUCUGUAUUCCAACUUCUGACCGUCGCUCGCUCGGACCGCAGAUGCCAAGGCUCGCGCCUCACCACGACGCGGCGCCCAUCCGACCGCUGCUUGCUUUAGUUACUAUACGACAGGGCCAUAGUCCUGCAACCCCAGCUGCAAUAGCGGCGUGCGCAAGCCGCAAUCGUGCCAUUGGCAGUUCGCAUCCACAUGCUGCCCUCGCAGCUGCGGCCAGAGCAGACAUGCUUGUCGAAUCGCGCUCUACUCCUCGACUAGUAUCCGCAGCUGCAGUUAGCAGCGUUGUCAUUCCAUGUCACUCCGAGGUUGAGGUGCAAGGCCAUCACAAAUCCUCAGGCAGCAUCGCAGAUGAUGCGCAGCAUUUGGGGCAGCCUGUGACAGAUGCAUCUCAGCAACGCCCUGGCUGCGAGGGCGAGGGCUGGCAGGGUGGUCAGGCUGAUGAAAUGUCCGAAGCAGCCCUGGACGAAACAAUUGGGUACUUGAAAGGCCAGCUCGAGCUGCCAUCGCUCCCCGGCGCCCAACUCACCUCCUGGCGCCCGCCGCGCGCCCAGCAGCGCCUGCUGGCUGCCGCCGAC